AGGAAAUAAAAGUUGAAACUGAGAAACAAAGUCCUCCUCACGGAGAAGCAAAAACUGGAUCAAGUACCCUUCCACCAGUGAAGUCAAAGACAAAUUUUAUUGAAGCAGACAAGUACUUCUUACCUUUUGAGUUGGCAUGCCAGUCCAAAUGUCCUCGAAUAGUUAGUACAUCUCUAGACUGUUUGCAGAAACUUAUUGCUUAUGGACACCUGACUGGCAAUGCUCCAGAUAGUACAACACCAGGCAAAAAAUUAAUUGAUAGGAUUAUUGAAACAAUAUGUGGCUGCUUCCAGGGUCCUCAGACAGAUGAAGGAGUUCAGUUGCAGAUCAUAAAGGCUUUACUUACUGCAGUGACAUCCCAGCACAUAGAAAUCCAUGAAGGAACUGUCUUGCAAGCUGUGAGAACAUGCUACAAUAUCUAUCUAGCCAGCAAAAAUCUCAUCAAUCAGACAACAGCCAAAGCUACUCUUACUCAGAUGCUAAAUGUUAUCUUUGCACGCAUGGAAAACCAAGCGUUACAGGAAGCCAAACAAAUGGAAAAAGAAAGGCACCGUCAACACCAUCAUCUGUUACAGUCUCCAGUAAGCCAUCGUGAGCCUGAAUCACCUCAUCUUAGAUAUUUGCCGCCUCAGACUGCUGAUCAUCUAUCCCAAGAACAUGAAGGAGAUCUUGAUCCCCAUAUACAUGAUAUGGAUAAAAGUCUCCAAGAUGACACAGAGCCUGAAAAUGGAUCUGAUAUUUCCAGUGCUGAAAAUGAACAGACAGAAGCUGAUCAGGCAACUGCAGCUGAAACUUUAUCUAAAAAUGAUAUAUUGUAUGAUGGAGACUGUGAGGAAAAGCCACAUGAUAUUGUCCAGAGCAUUGUAGAAGAAAUGGUGAACAUCAUUGUUGGAGAUAUGGGAGAAGGGACUGCUCUAAGUGCACGUACAGAUGGAAACAUUGGAACUAUAGAGGAUGGUAGUGACAGUGAAAACAUUCAAGCAAAUGGAAUCCCGGGAACACCAAUUUCUGUUGCAUACACACCAUCGUUACCUGAUGACAGAUUGUCUGUCUCUUCCAAUGAUACUCAGGAAUCUGGAAAUUCUUCAGGACCUUCACCUGGUGCUAAGUUUUCCCACAUUUUACAAAAGGAUGCCUUUCUAGUAUUCAGGUCAUUAUGCAAGCUGUCAAUGAAACCACUGUCAGAUGGACCACCAGAUCCAAAGUCUCAUGAGUUACGGUCCAAGAUUCUUUCAUUGCAGUUACUUCUGUCCAUUCUGCAGAAUGCAGGACCUGUUUUCAGAAUAAAUGAGAUGUUUAUUAAUGCUAUUAAGCAGUAUCUGUGUGUUGCACUCUCAAAAAACGGAGUCUCAUCUGUUCCAGAGGUUUUUGAGCUUUCUCUUUCCAUAUUUCUUACUUUGUUGUCAAACUUCAAGACACAUCUGAAGAUGCAAAUUGAGGUAUUCUUUAAAGAAAUUUUCCUAUACAUUUUGGAAACUUCUACAAGCUCAUUUGAUCAUAAAUGGAUGGUUAUUCAGACACUGACAAGGAUCUGUGCAGAUGCUCAGAGUGUGGUGGAUAUAUAUGUAAAUUAUGACUGUGACUUAAAUGCAGCAAAUAUAUUUGAAAGACUAGUAAAUGACCUGUCAAAAAUUGCCCAAGGAAGGGGCAGUCAAGAACUUGGUAUGAGUAAUGUUCAGGAAUUGAGCCUUCGGAAGAAAGGGUUAGAAUGUCUAGUUUCAAUUUUGAAAUGUAUGGUUGAAUGGAGUAAGGAUCAGUAUGUAAACCCCAACUCUCAGACUACCCUUGGUCAGGAAAAACCCUCAGAGCAAGAGAUAAGUGAAAUCAAACACCCUGAGACUAUAAACAGAUAUGGAAGUUUAAAUUCCUUAGAAUCCACAUCAUCAUCAGGAAUUGGCAGCUACAGUACACAGAUGUCUGGCACUGAUAAUCCGGAACAAUUUGAGGUCCUAAAGCAGCAAAAGGAAAUAAUAGAACAAGGGAUUGAUUUAUUUAAUAAGAAACCAAAGAGAGGAAUACAGUACCUCCAAGAACAAGGGAUGCUUGGCACCACACCUGAAGACAUAGCUCAGUUCUUACAUCAAGAAGAAAGACUAGACUCUACUCAGGUGGGUGAGUUCCUGGGAGAUAAUGAUAAAUUCAAUAAAGAAGUUAUGUAUGCAUAUGUGGACCAACAUGACUUUUCAGGAAAAGACUUUGUUUCAGCCCUUCGUCUAUUUCUGGAAGGAUUUCGUCUUCCAGGGGAAGCUCAAAAAAUUGAUCGAUUAAUGGAAAAAUUUGCUGCAAGAUACUUAGAAUGCAACCAAGGACAAACCCUUUUUGCUAGUGCAGAUACUGCUUAUGUUUUGGCCUACUCAAUUAUCAUGUUGACUACAGACCUUCACAGUCCACAGGUUAAAAACAAAAUGACAAAGGAACAGUACAUUAAAAUGAAUCGAGGUAUCAAUGACAGUAAAGACCUUCCUGAAGAGUAUCUAUCAGCCAUUUAUAAUGAAAUAGCUGGGAAGAAAAUAUCAAUGAAAGAAACAAAAGAGCUAACAAUCCCUACAAAAUCAACUAAGCAGAAUGUAGCCAGUGAAAAACAAAGACGACUUCUGUAUAACUUAGAAAUGGAACAGAUGGCCAAGACAGCUAAAGCACUCAUGGAAGCAGUGAGCCAUGUUCAGGCACCUUUUACAAGUGCAACACACUUGGAGCAUGUGAGGCCUAUGUUUAAGUUGGCUUGGACACCUUUUCUGGCUGCGUUCAGUGUGGGUCUACAAGACUGUGAUGAUACCGAAGUGGCCUCUCUUUGCCUAGAAGGGAUAAGAUGUGCAAUCAGGAUUGCAUGCAUUUUCAGCAUCCAGCUGGAAAGAGAUGCCUAUGUCCAAGCACUAGCCAGAUUUACCUUACUUACAGUGAGCUCUGGUAUCACUGAGAUGAAACAGAAGAAUAUUGACACCAUAAAAACACUCAUCACAGUGGCUCACACGGAUGGAAAUUAUUUAGGAAACUCAUGGCAUGAGAUCCUGAAGUGCAUCAGUCAGUUGGAGCUGGCACAACUUAUAGGAACUGGAGUGAAGCCUCGGUACAUUUCCGGGACAGUGAGAGGUAGAGAAGGCUCUCUCACUGGGACAAAAGACCAGGCUCCUGAUGAAUUUGUCGGUCUGGGGCUAGUUGGAGGGAAUGUGGACUGGAAGCAGAUAGCAAGCAUUCAGGAGUCUAUUGGAGAAACCAGCUCUCAAAGUGUUGUGGUUGCUGUAGAUAGGAUAUUCACAGGAUCUACAAGGCUAGAUGGAAAUGCUAUUGUUGAUUUUGUUCGUUGGCUCUGUGCCGUGUCUAUGGAUGAAUUGCUUUCCACUACACACCCAAGGAUGUUUAGUCUACAAAAAAUCGUAGAAAUAUCAUACUAUAACAUGGGAAGAAUACGACUGCAGUGGUCUCGGAUUUGGGAAGUUAUUGGAGAUCAUUUUAAUAAGGUUGGUUGCAAUCCUAAUGAAGACGUAGCCAUAUUUGCAGUGGACUCCCUGAGGCAGUUGUCAAUGAAGUUUUUAGAGAAAGGGGAACUUGCAAAUUUCAGAUUCCAAAAGGAUUUCUUACGGCCAUUUGAACAUAUAAUGAAACGAAACAGGUCUCCAACAAUUCGAGAUAUGGUUGUACGGUGUAUAGCACAGAUGGUUAAUUCUCAGGCUGCAAACAUUCGCUCAGGAUGGAAGAACAUCUUCUCAGUAUUCCAUCUUGCUGCAUCAGACCAAGAUGAAAGCAUAGUAGAACUUGCAUUUCAGACAACAGGACACAUUGUCACUCUUGUAUUUGAAAAACACUUUCCAGCCACUAUUGAUUCUUUCCAGGAUGCAGUGAAGUGUUUAUCUGAAUUCGCAUGCAAUGCAGCUUUCCCAGACACAAGUAUGGAAGCAAUUCGACUUAUUCGCCAUUGUGCAAAAUAUGUGUCUGAUAGGCCUCAGGCUUUCAAGGAAUACACAAGUGACGACAUGAAUGUGGCCCCUGAAGACAGGGUGUGGGUGAGAGGAUGGUUCCCGAUUCUCUUUGAGUUAUCAUGUAUCAUCAAUAGAUGCAAAUUAGAUGUAAGAACCAGGGGCUUAACAGUCAUGUUUGAGAUAAUGAAGACCUAUGGCCACACUUACGAGAAGCACUGGUGGCAGGACUUAUUUAGAAUUGUUUUUAGAAUCUUUGACAAUAUGAAAUUGCCAGAGCAGCAGACAGAGAAAGCCGAAUGGAUGACAACAACUUGCAAUCAUGCUCUUUAUGCAAUAUGUGAUGUAUUCACCCAGUAUUUAGAAGUUCUUAGUGAUGUACUUUUGGAUGAUAUUUUUGCCCAGCUAUACUGGUGUGUGCAACAAGACAAUGAGCAGUUAGCGCGAUCUGGUACGAACUGCUUAGAAAAUGUGGUUAUUCUGAAUGGUGAAAAGUUUACUCUAGAAAUCUGGGAUAAAACGUGUAACUGCACCCUGGAUAUCUUCAAAACCACAAUUCCACAUGCGCUCCUGACAUGGCGACCUACUUCAGGAGAGACUGCUCCCCCAUCUCCAUCACCUGUGAGUGAAAAGCAAUUG